CAGAUCCCGGCGGCGGCCCGGCGGCGCGGCGGGUUCCCGGGUGCGGGCGGCGCUGCGGAGGCGGCGGCUGUGUCAACCGCGCGAUGGCGGCCCCGGAGCCGGCGCCGAGGCGCGGCCGGGAGCGGGAGCGGGAGGACGAGAGCGAGGACGAGAGCGACAUCCUGGAAGAGAGCCCGUGCGGCCGCUGGCAGAAGCGGCGCGAGCAGGUGAACCAGGGCAACAUGCCGGGGGUCCAGAGCACCUUCCUGGCCAUGGACACGGAGGAGGGGGUGGAGGUAGUGUGGAACGAGCUGCACUUCGGAGACAGGAAGGCCUUCGCUGCCCAUGAGGAGAAGAUCCAGACCAUGUUCGAGCAGCUGGUGCUGGUGGAUCACCCCAACAUUGUCAAGCUGCACAAGUACUGGCUGGACGCCUCAGAGGCACGCGCCCGGGUCAUCUUCAUCACCGAGUACGUGUCCUCAGGGAGCCUCAAGCAGUUCCUCAAAAAGACUAAGAAAAACCACAAGGCCAUGAAUGCCCGGGCCUGGAAGCGCUGGUGCACGCAGAUCCUGUCUGCGCUCAGCUUUCUGCACGCCUGCAGCCCCCCCAUCAUCCACGGGAACCUGACCAGUGACACCAUCUUUAUCCAACACAACGGCCUCAUCAAGAUCGGCUCUGUGUGGCACCGCAUCUUCUCCAAUGCACUUCCCGACGACCUCCGGAGCCCCAUCCUGGCAGAGCAGGAGGAGCAGCGGAACCUGCACUUCUUCCCUCCAGAAUACGGCGAGGUGGCUGACAGGACCGCCGUGGACAUCUUCUCCUUUGGAAUGUGUGCUCUGGAGAUGGCCGUCCUGGAGAUCCAAGCUAACGGGGACACGCGAGUCACUGAAGAGGCCAUCGCUCGAGCCAGGCACUCGCUGAGUGAUGCCAAUAUGAGGGAGUUCAUCCUGUCCUGCCUGGCCCGGGAUCCCGCACACCGACCCUCUGCCCACAACCUCCUGUUCCACCGGGUGCUGUUUGAGGUGCAUUCGCUGAAGCUUCUGGCCGCCCACUGCUUCAUCCAGCACCAGUACCUCAUGCCCGAGAACGUGGUGGAGGAGAAGACCAAGGCCAUGGACCUGCAUGCCGUCCUGGCAGAGAUCCCACGGCCCCCACGGCCCCCGCUGCAGUGGCGGUACUCGGAGGUGUCCUUCCUAGAGCUGGACAAGUUCCUGGAGGAUGUCAGCCACCCCUGGUGUGUCCCUAGAAACGGGAUCUACCCCCUGAUGAACUUUGCUGACGCUCGGCCCCUGGGGCUGCCCCGGGUGCUGGCCCCACCGCCAGAGGAGGCCCAGAAAGCCAAAACCCCGACACCGGAGCCCUUUGACUCAGAGACCAGGAAGGUGAUCCACAUGCAGUGUAACCUGGAGAGAAGCGAGGACAAGGCGCGCUGGCAUCUCACUCUGCUCCUAGUGCUGGAGGACCGGCUGCACCGACAGCUCACUUACGAUCUGCUUCCAACGGACAGCGCCCCGGACCUGGCUGCUGAGCUCGUCCACUACGGCUUCCUCCAUGAGGACGACCGGACAAAGUUGGCCACUUUCCUGGAGAGCACCUUCCUCAAGUACCGGGGUGCUCAGCCCUGACCACACCUCCCCACCCCUAGUGGGCAGUCCUAGCCACCCACUGGGAUGCUUUGUUUUGGCACAGGGCAGGGUUGGGGGGACAGGGGCUGCCUUCUGCCUGCAAGCCUGGGAUAAGCUAGUGAGGGAGCUCUGCCUUCUGAAGCUUCCAGGGAGGAGAGCCAGGGAGGGCUAUGGGGGCGGGCAGACAAAACAAGUAAGCCUGUAAAAUCACUUUAGACACCCCCUGUCCUAGUACGGGGUUUCGGGCCAGCUUGGACCCCUCCCAGGGCCUCUACUUCCCAGGCGAGACCUUCCCCACCCACCUCAAACGGUUCGGACGGCGACUGAUCCCUGAGUGAGGGGCUGCCCUGCUGGGCGCCUCCCCCUAAGGAGCCUCUGCUUGGACAGAUGUCAGCCCCCAGGAGGUGCUCCGUCCCCAGUUGGUACCACAAACCCCAUCCCCAUCCCCUGCAAGCCAGUGGUGAAGUGCCCACAGUGCUGAGCAGGGUUUGGCCAGCCGAAGCCACAGACCAGAUGUGCAGAAACCCAUGAAGUUCGAGUGUCAGCCCACGUGACUCCUGCACCCCCGUCACCGUUGGCCGUGAGCCCCUCUCUGACUUUUCCCAGUCCUGGGACUGGGCCCUGGGCUCAGUCCCCUUCAGGAGCUGCCUCCUCUCCUGCACCCCAGUCUGGCCUGGGCUCAGGCUCCCCACUGGGGCUGGCCACUCUGAGCUGCCUAUCCCCAGUGGUUCUCCUCAACCACCUCCACUUCGUUUGCAAAAUCGCUGAACACUUCCAAGCCUUUUUAGUUGCAUGUGUAAAUUUAGAGCAUUUGGGUUUCUUUGUGAGCACGUCCAGCAAAGCUCUUGGCGCUUUAGUUUGUCUGUUUCUCUGAAGAGGUGUACUUCAAGCUCUGACGACAUCAACUCAUUCUCACACUUUAGCGAGUCUGGCACAGGCCUCACCAGACCAAAAAUCCUGCUGGUGGGGGGGCUUUGUUCCUCUUUGGAGAGGCCGACAGAUUUGGUACAUAUGUUGUGGUAGGCGGGCAGGAGCCCCAUUUUCUAAGGCUGUUCUCAGUCUUGGCUCACAGCCCUCAAGACCUGCAUCAAUAGGUUGAGUCUCCCUCCUGAAUGUCUGUGUGGUUUUGUGUGCCCAGAUAGCAUCCUGGGGUCAGGCUGACUAUCAGGAAAAUCUCUUCUCGAGCUCCUUAACCAUCUGCAAAACACUUUUGCCAUGUAAAGUGACAGUGACAGAUUUGGGGACACAGACAUCGCUCCACUUCUCACCUCACCAGAACAAACAAGCAAGGCCUAUCAAAUCACUUUAACAUGCAGACUUCCUGUAAUGCCUGUUACCUUAUACUUCCAACACUACGGCCUGACUCCAGUGCUCACGCCUUCCGAGUAAGAUUACAAGUCUGGAGGAACGCACACAUUCCAGCUGGAAGUCCUUUUGCUCAGAUGUCUGCUUCAUCUGAAACGGUUCGAGUGGAAAAUGCACCAGAGGUUGUGAUUAAACUGAACUUGAACGUGUCAGUCCUCCCGCAGCUUCAUUUAGUCUUGCCUCUGUUGAGGUUUUAACUUGGAUCUCUGCAAAGUUCAGUAUAUAAAUGUAUUUGCUUUAUACAUAUGCAUACUACUUAAAGAGCGGAAGGAGGCAUAGAGAAAGUACUGGAGUGAAGUUGCUUGCCUUGCACUUGUUCAACCUGGGUUUGAUCCUUGGCACCGCAUGUGGUCCCCCAAUCCCCACCAGCAGUGAUCCCUGAGCACAGAGCCAGGAGUAAGGUCUGAGCACAGCCAGGCAUAGCUCCCUGAAAAAUGGAAUGGGAGGGGGGUGUAGAGAGACAGCUCAAAGGGCUAGAAUACACUUGAUGUGUGGGAGAGCAGAGGCUGACUUCCAUGGUCCCUUGAGCACUGCCAGAAGCAACGGCUGGGCACGGAAACAGGUAGCCCUAACACCACUGUGUUGGUUCAAACCUUCACCACUGUGAAGGAAAAAAACAGUGGAAUGUGCUUUUGAAGCCAAUAAUAAAUGAAUAAUGCAUGCA